GAAAGAGAUCUAUAUGGCAUUGCAAAUGUUACUGUUUCGAAUGCUUGUGUUAGUCAUGUGCUCAGUCAAUGCAUUCGCGGGAGCAUCGAACGUAAUAAGCAGUUCAUGUCCACAAGACUGUGGGAAUAACGUUAGCAUUCCAUACCCUUUUGGAAUCGGAAAAGAUUGCUACGUCGGAGAUUGGUUUGAAAUAGUCUGCAGAAAUGACUCUUAUAAUGAUCCGGGAUUUCCAAAAGUACCCUUUUUGAAGAGGUUCGACCUGGAGGUGCUGAAGAUUAACAUCGUUGCAGGCACAGUUCGCGUCAGCUAUCCCAUAUUUUCGAGCUGUACCAAUGUCCCGAACAGCACAAAUAAUCUGAAGUUAGAGAAAAGUCCUUUCGCCUUCUCGGCCAACGAGAAUAGCUUCGUUGGCAUGGGUUGCAGCAACUCUGCCUCGUUGCGAAUACAGUCCUUGCGCGAUGACACGUUGUCAUUUAGUGGGUGCACAACCCCUUGCGACAGAGAUCCAUUCACAAAUGGAAGCUCUUGCAACGCCACAAACUGUUGCCAAAUUACAAUCCGUUUUAAUCUCCAAGCAUUCAAUACAACUAUAGAGCCGAAAAGUAGUGAGUACUGCAACUAUGCAUUUUUGGUUGACCAGAAUUGGUUUGAGAACAAUUUCACAGAGUUAUCAGAGUUAUCAACGAAUCCAAACAUGUCUGUUCCAGUGGUAUUGGAUUGGGGGAUAGACAAUACUUCUUUCUAUUCUCUUCCCAUACGGAAAAACUCGACGGCACUUGAAUACAAGAACUCGACCUAUUCUUGUUACACACUUGGUUAUCCUACUCUUGGGAAUGGCACUCAAAACUUGACUAAUCGGUGCUGGUGCCGGAGUGGCUACAGAGGAAAUCCGUAUCUUCUUGGAGGAUGUGAAGGAGUCAAAUAUAUAGGUGUUAGCGCAAGCCUUGGUGUCUUAUUUCUGAUUUUCGGUGGAUGGUGGUCAUACAAAGUGAUAAAGAAAAAGAUGAGGAUUAAACGCAAGGAGAAGUUUUUCAAACGAAAUGGUGGACUACUGCUAGAGCAACUACUAUCUACAAACAACAAAGACAAAGUUGAGAACACCAAAUUGUUUAAUUCAAAAGAAUUGGAGAAGGCCACUGAUCGUUUUAGUGCAGAUAGAAUAAUUGGACAUGGUGGACAAGGCACUGUUUACAAAGGUAUGUUGGCUGAUGGAAGAAUUGUUGCAAUAAAAAAGUCCAACGUAAUUGAUGAAGUGAAACUUCAAGAAUUCGUAAAUGAAGUCGUGAUUCUUUCACAAAUUAAUCACAGGAAUGUGGUUAAGCUGCUUGGCUGUUGUUUGGAAAUAGAAGUUCCGCUUCUAGUUUAUGAAUUCAUUCCUAAUGGAACUCUUGCCCAAUAUCUCAAUGGCCAAAAUGAGGAGUUUCCACCAACAUGGGAUAUGCGUUUACGAAUUGCUAUAGAAGUUGCAGGGGCUCUUUUCUACUUGCAUUCAGUAGCUUCUUCACCAAUUUACCAUCGCGACAUUAAGUCUACAAACAUCCUCUUAGAUGACAAGUAUAGAGCAAAAGUAGCAGAUUUCGGAAUUUCAAGAUCUGUUGCUAUCGAUCAAACUCAUCUAAGCACACUAGUACUUGGAACUUUUGGAUAUGUAGACCCUGAGUAUUUUUGGUCAGGUCAGUUUACAGAUAAGAGUGACGUUUAUAGUUUUGGUGUUGUUCUUGUUGAGCUCUUGACUGGAGAAAAUGCUAUCUCAUCAUCAAGAACCAGAGAUAUCAAAAGUUUAGCUGCAUUUUUCGUUAGUUCGAUGGAAGGGAACAAUUUAUUUGACAUCCUUGAUAAUCGAGUCUUGAAUGAAGUAGAAAAAGAAAAAAUCAUUGCGGUUGCAAACCUUGCAAAAAGAUGCUUGAACUUGAACGGAAAGGAUCGACCUUCAAUGAGAGAAGUUGCAAGGGAAUUGGAGGCCAACCAAAUGUCGCCAAAAGUUUCUAACCUUCAAGAGAAAUAUGGAGAGAUUGAAGAUGUCGGAACUAAAAUAUCCAAGGAAUGUGAUGUUGUUUCUAUAUCAACAACAUCAGGUAUGGAUGGUAUAUUCGCGACCUCAUCUUCAGAUUCACAGCCAUUUUUAGUAUCUUCUUAAUCAUCAAGUGAUG